GCACUGCGGCAGUGCUGUAUCCAUGCGCCUGGUCUUUACUCUGGGAUCGUGGAGCAGAGACUGGGAGAGAAGAGCGCUAUUGCUUGCUUAUGGGAUUUAUUUGUUUGUUGAUUUAAAAAAAAAAAAAAAAUCAUUUCAGAAUCUCUACGACUUGUUUGGAUUUUUUUCAACCAUCAAGAGGUUGCAUUUUUCCGUUUUGCAAGACGUGCUUUGGAGGAAAAAAACCCUGCUUCGUGUGUUUGUGGAAAUAAAGCGGAGCUGGAAUUGCAGACUGUGCCAGUUGCUAGGGUGGGCUGGACUGGCCACGGAAGGACCAGUCUACACGUUGUGAUUUUGGCCAGAAUACACCUUGGUGGAACAUAUCAAGUGACGGUUUUAUCCUAAUACUGUACAAACAAAAGAUUUGUAUCCCUUGUAUUUUGGAGCAUUCUUUUCCUGUGAUCUUCUGGUUACCAUUUAUACUGGAGAAUUACGCUGUGCCUGGAUGCUACUUUGUUACGUUUACAUGGAUUCCGAUGUACGUUGUGAAUAUUGAUCUUUUCCUAAAGAAUUGAAAUAUUUCUUUUUUAGCACACCGGCUACAAGCAGUUUUUCAAACAAUUGCCUGCUAGGUGAUUUUUUUCUUUUCUUUACAAAGGAGACCUGUGAUCAGCCAUUGCUGCUUUGGCUUUCCUGGAGAAAUCCAUUACAGUUUUUAUUAUUUUGUAUUUUGGAGGAAUUGCAGUUCACCAGUAAGCAUCUGAUUGUACUGAAGCCGGCGUGGUGUUUUUUGUUGUCCUUGACUGGGCGAUGGAUGGCCCACGGUCUUGUGGGCUUCGGAAAAAGAGAAGGUCUAGGUCUCAAAGGGAAAGGGAGAGGUCUAAAGGAUUAAAAAAUAACCGUGUGAGAGCCAAUGUCACUGGCUGCUCCUCCGGAUCUGAGAGAGAAGAGAAUACCAAUCCAACCCCAUCCCGUCCAAGACCACCGAGAAGAAAAAGGAAAGAGUCUACCUCGGCAGAGGAAGACGUCAUUGAUUGCUUUUCCAUAAGCAGUUUUGUUUCACUGGAGGCUUUGGAGAAGGACAUUGCGUUGAAACCCCAUGAACGCCAGGAGAAGAAGCCCAGCACCCUCAAUAAGAAGCAGCAGGAUGGGCUGCCCAACGGACUGAGCUACCAUGCCUGGAGAAACAGGCACCAUGGCCCCUCGGACCAGGAGAAUGACCAGAACCUGGGCCAGCACCAGAGGAACAAGAAGAAGACCCACAAGAGACACAAACGGCUCAAGCCCGGUCAGAUCAACUGCAAGGACAGUGACAGUGAAAGUGCCAGUGGAGACUCGAAAAAAUCACUCCGGAGCAGUCCUCAUGAGAGGCUUAGUGACAGCUCCGCUCCUUCCGGGUUGGGUACAGGCUACUUUUGUGACACUGAGAGCGACCAAGACGAGAAGGUUUCAGAUGACAGCUCCGAGAAGCUGUUCAGCACUGCCACAAAUAAAGUUACAGAUUUCCCUGUUGAUGCGCUCACUGCAAAUGACAGCCAAGAAACAAGAGGACUGGGCGUCCCCAAGGUCUCAGGCCUAGAGAGAAGUCGGGAGAAGAGCCAAGAGAGCUGCAGAGAGCCCCCUCUGCUCCUGCCAGCGGUUACAAAGGAGCCGCUCUCCCAAACCCAGCCUGUGGCCCAUCCUCAGGUGGAGCCCCGGGCCAAUCCCCCUCCCCCCAGCCCCGCCCAGGCCUGCAGUACCGAGGCCUGCCUCACAGAUACCCGCUUCCUGCCUCCACCUCAGCCGCAGGCCACUCUGCCUGGUUCUCAGGCCCCAGAACAGCCUCAGGCAGCCCCCCCUCAGCCCCCACUUCAACCCCAACUGCAGCCUGAGCCUCAACUGCGCCGUCACCCUCACCCUCCGUCUCCCAUCCACCCAGCUCAUCAGAGCCAGCCUCCAGUUCAGCCUCGACCUCCCUCCCGCAGCCUUCCACGGCCCUUGUCUGCUUACAACAGCAGCCUCAGCCUCAACAGCAUAAGCAGCAGUCGAAGCAGCACUCCAGGCAAACCUCAGGUGCCUCCCCCUCCGCAUAUAUCCCAUCAUCCACCACCCCCAGCCUUCCCCCUAUCUCUCCCGAACCAAAGUACGCCCCACAGCUUCCCCCCCACCCUGCAGCAGUCGCCACACGCACAUCACCCCAAUAUGUUCGCGCCGCCAGCGGCCUUGCCUCCACCUCCACCACUCACGUCAAGCACCCUGCCAGUCCCUGGACACCCAGCUGGGAGUGCCUAUUCAGAACAAGACCUCCUGCGUCAGGAGCUUAACACCCGAUUUCUAGCCUCACAGAGCGCUGACCGAGGGGCCUCGCUGGGACCACCGCCCUACCUGAGAACCGAGUUCCACCAGCACCAGCACCAGCACCAGCACCAGCACCAACACACGCACCAGCACACACACCAGCACACCUUCACGCCGUUCCCACACGCUAUACCACCCACCGCCAUCAUGCCGACUCCAGCACCGCCCAUGGUGCGUACCCCGUCUAGAAAUUUUGAGAAAUACCCUGCAAAAGUCGACCCCUUCUACAGACACAGUUUGUUCCACUCAUAUCCACCACCUGUGUCUGGAAUCCCACCCAUGAUCCCUCCUACUGGACCCUUUGGAUCACUGCAAGGAGCAUUUCAGCCCAAGACUUCUAAUCCAAUUGAUGUAGGAUCCAGACCUGGAGCUGUUCCCCAUACCCUCUUGCAGAAGGAUCCCAGGCUGACAGAUCCGUUCCGGCCCAUACUGAGGAAGCCAGGGAAGUGGUGUGCAAUGCAUGUCCAUAUUGCUUGGCAGAUUUAUCAUCACCAACAGAAAGUAAAGCAGCAGAUGCAAGCAGACCCACACAAACUGGACUUUGGCCUCAAACCAGAAUUUUUGUGUCGGCCUCCAGGCCCGAGCCUCUUUGGAGCCAUUCACCACCCCCACGACCUGGCUCGCCCUGCCACCCUCUUCUCUGCAGCUGGUGCUUUAUGUUUGUUUGCAGGUGCCACACAUCCGACUGGAAACCCUUUCGGACACCCGCCCCACCCCAGCAACUUCCUCAGUCCUGCUGCUCAUUUAGAGCCAUUCAGCAGACCGGCUUCUUUUGGAAGUCUUGCAACAUUAAACUCUGCUGCCUUUGGUGGGUUGGGGAACCCUUCACUUAUGCCCAACUCAAUGUUCAGCCACAAAGACGGCCCCGGAGCACAGAAUUUUAACAACACACACGAGCCCUGGAACCGGCUCCACCGAGCACCUCCCUCAUUCCCAACCCCUCCGCCGUGGCUGAAGCCAGGAGAGCCGGAGAGAAGUUCUUCUGCUGCAGCUCAUGACAGAGAGAGAGAUGGAGACAAGCGAGACUCGGCCAUUAGUAAAGAGGACAAAGAAAGGGACAGCAUUGAAAAGAGGCACCACAGCCACCCCUCACCAGCACCCGUCAACCCAGUGAACCCGCUGGCUCACAACCGCACUUCAACCGAGCCCCCCAGGAACCACGUGAACAACGAAGUCCGCGAGAAAGAGAAGCCGAAGGAGCGCGAGCGGGAUCAUCCCGACUCCUGGAAGGACUCUGCCACGGACGAGCAUAAGCUCAAGGAGAACCACAUUCCUGAAAAGGAUGGUGUAGUAAUCCAUGGGAGCCGGAUAGCAGACGACGGCAAGCCAGGGUCCAGGGGGACGUCCCCCUACAUCAGGCCAGCUGGCCUGGACAACACAAGGCCUAACAGCACUUUGAACCGAGAUGCAGAGAAAAAGAGUGAGCCAAUGUACGACCAUCAGAAGAAAAACAGUGAGAUUAAAGUGAAGGAGGAGCGCAAGGAGGACCACGAGGUUUCCAGUGAAGUGCCCCAAACGCACAGGCCUACAGAGCACUCCCAUAUGACAUCCACCGCCAGCAUCCAUCCCACUUCGAGCGUCCAUCACACAUCCUCCAUGCCGAUGGCCAUGGGCAUGGCUGGCAUACAUCCAAUGAACAGCAUCAGCAGCAUGGACAGGACUCGCAUGGUGGCUCCUUUUAUGGGCAUUAGUUCCAUUCCUGGUACUGAACGGUUCCCUUACCCUGCGUUCCACUGGGAUCCCAUGAGAGAUCCGUUAAGAGACCACUACCGGGGGCUGGACAUCCACCGAAGAGACCCUCUAGCUAGAGACUUCUUGUUAAGGAGUGACCCCCUUCACCGCCUUACAGCACCAAGGCUUUACGAAGCAGAGCGCUCAUACAGGGACAGGGAACCACACGAUUAUAACAGAGAGCACCUUCACCACCUUGCAGUCGAACAACGUCGAGAGCAUGAAAGAGCCAGCCACAUGGAGGAGAGAGAGAGGCUGCACAUGCUCAGAGAGGACUAUGAACACGCCCGUCUGCACCCUAUGCACCAUGCUGCUCUCGACGGUCACCUGCCCCACCAUCUCAUGACUCCCGGACUUCCCAACAUGCACUAUCCAAGGGUAAGCCCCUCGUCAGCACACCAGAAUGGCAUUCUCAACAAGACUCCUCCCACAGCUGCUUUGAGUGCCCCGCCUCCACUAAUCCCCACACUGGGCCCACGGCCUGGAUCCCCGAGAAGGACUACUCCUUUGACGACAGACAUUAGGGACAGGCCUCCCUCCCACACCCACAAAGACAUCGAAGCUCGGUAAACACUACGCGUGUUAAAGACUGACCUAAUGCCCAAUGUCUAAACAAAAUGAACUUUACCAGACACUGCGGGGGCUGUAUUAUAUCCAUAUAUAAAUGUGUGCAAAAAUUGGAAUUAGGGGUUUUGUACAUUUUAUGUUUACAUUUUGUAGCCAACUUACUCUUUGUUUUGUGUGUGUCGUCUACUACUAUUAAAUCAUUUUAUUUGUAUAAAAUUGCUCUUGAACAAUCAAGAGCAGAACAAAAACACAAAGGUGGUGCAAAAAUGUUGACACCCUGGAAAGACACGUAGUGUUUUGGAAUGUACAGGUGCUUUUGAAAUGGUGUGUAAAGGAGGCGGCAAGCCAUGUAGAUAUUUCUGUACAGUGUAAAGGCUUGCUUCUUGGAUAAAAGGUACAUAUAUGCAAAAGGGUGUGAUGAAAGCUUUACUUUGUACAAAUGUAAAUAGACUUAAGUGAAACUUCUUAAACUGUGCUAUUUGCUAAUUUUAUUCUUUGUUAACACAGUCUGCUUGUGCUGUGUUAGGUUUGUCGUUUCACAGAUAACCCCCCUCCAACUAUGCAAUGAAUGUUUUGGCUUUUUCCCCACAAAAGCCAGCAUUUCUGAAAGGAGCCUUUUUAACACACAAACUACACAAACUUGUAUUUUCUCCAAAAACACAGACUGAGGUCUCUCACACCUUAAAACUGUAUAUUAUAAUACAAAUAAAUGUGAUUUUAAAAAAUCCUAAUUCAUGUGUUGCAUAUUGUAAACCCAUAAAGGUAGUAUGGGAGCAUUUUUUCACAAUCUGAGAAAUUCAAUUUAGCUUGCUGGUGACAAUCCUUAUUUAUCCCUCCCCCCUCAUCUUAUUUUUUUCAAAUCCAGGCUUCUCCAAAAAUCUGAAUGGAAGAACGUAAGAAAAACUUGACCAGUCACUCACACUGCUUUUAGUUUUGACUGUUAUUCAUUUGUGCAUACCUUGCUUGUGGCCUCUUUAUAUCUGUUUGGAGGGAAUAAGAUUUUAAGCUCAGACAGCAGAAAACAUUUCUACUAAAGGAGUGUAAAGUAUGUGUAUGAAAAUAAAAUUAGUUCCGUUGGUCUAAUAGUGUAUCAAAGUGCUAUCCUAAGUUGUAUCUUAAAAAAAAAAAGAAAUAAAAGAAAGAAGUCUCACUACAGACAGUUUGUUUCUAAAAUGAGAAGAGAUCUAUUUUAGUAGUCGACUGAAGGUUUAGUUGUGCGCUUCAAACUUUGUGAACUCCAGAUGUUGUGCAGUGUUUUUUAAAGAAAAAGAAAAAAAGUACACUAGAACAGUAGCGUUAGUUCUGAGUAUUGCAAAGGGAUUGUUAUUACAAAACUUUUUUGCUGUUUAUCAUGUACGUAAAUGAAGUCCUUUCUAGAUCAUAUGUAAAAAAAAAAAAAAGUGAAGCGACUCUGAAUCUUCAGCAUGUUCCUCAUUAAAAACCUUGUGUUAUGUAAAUUGUGCCAUGUUAUUAAAAAAUGUGAACUAAAA